UAAAGGACUAUAACAGCUUGUCCUACUGUUGUAUCAAAGUCUGGACUCAUCCAGUGACUAUUCUGGACUGAGCAACUGGGAACCAAUGAAAGACCCGAUGACAGCCUGGAAAGGCAGCUGGCAUGAGGAAAAUACCCCAAAUUGGCCUGGCCUGCCACAGGCUAGCUACUAGUAGCAGGAGGAAACUGCCACCAUGUAGUGCACAAGUUCCACGCUGCUACGGCUACAAAAACUAUAAAAAAAGAAGAUAUCCUCAGAAUCAGCUCGAGUGAGGGAGGAACAUGACUCAUUUGGCGGACAGCACGAUAUCAAACCCAGGAACAAAAAUGGCUACAGGAACUCCACCACGUCUAAGCCAAACGCUUCAGAGAUGCAACUGUGGCUGGGCUGAAGUAAAGUCUCUUAAAGUUGGAUCCAUCAUGGCAAGAGAAAGUGUUUGGCAGGUGUGGAGCUGGGUACUCGCAUCGACCACUUCUUCUAGUAAAGUCAAGUGGUGAUCAGCAGCAGGGUCAAGCUCACAAACUGCACAACAUCAGUCCCCCUCUUUUGGAGGAGGAGGAGAAAGAACCAGACGCAAAAGUGGUUUGCGAGCUCAGUCCACUUCAACCCACCGUCAAGAAGAAGAUCCAGGGACAAAGACCCCUAAUUACCGCUGUAAUUACCGAUCCCUACAUGAACCCACCGGAUGCGCGAAAGGUACUGUGGAAAUGGACGACAUUUUUUUUGGCAGAAGCGGAUCAUACCCAGAGUGGAGAAGAGCGGGAGGAGUCCUCAUACCGACGGAAAAGAAAUCUUCAUCCAUUCUGGAGAGGAGAAUCGUUCUCCCACGUUCUCCUGCGCAGCUGAGGUACAAACAACAUCCAAAAUAUUGUGUUCACCGCCGUGGUACAUCGAUCAUCCUGUUGUGUUUGCAUCGUCUGAUUUCAUCUGGUUCCCACGGCCUUCCCUUGUUUGUCGUCACUUUAAAUCAUCUACGUAGGAUCACGGAAACCACUCUGCUACAAUUGUCUCAUAAUGACAGAUCUGGUCUAGAGAUAAAAUUGGAGUGUACCAGGGAGUUAGACGCAGUGUGCCAACCGCUGGACGGCUUCUACUGUGUGGACCAAGUUGCGGAUGGGUGUAUUGAAGCACGAAAACACAAAGACUGUCAACCAGGGCAAUACAUAAGCCAAAAAGGAACGCCAUUUUCGGACACCGUAUGUAACGACUGCAUCGGGGAAACGUUUUCAAAUGGAACUAUUACGUUUUGCCAUCCACACAGAAAAUGCGACUCCCAAAGAUUUGUCAGAAGACCAGGAAAUGCAUCAACAGAUGCUGAAUGUUUGCAAAAACGUUCUCGUGUGGGCAGCAUAGUGAUUAUUUUAGUUGAUCUAAUUGUUGUAGUUACUGGCUGUUGCUAUAUCUUUACGAGGAAACAGACUGCAAAGGAAAUACAACUAGAGUCAACUCCCAUACAAACAUGUUUAUUGAAGGGAAGGGAAGUGGGCAAACAAAGACACAGACGGGACAGAGACUCACGGACAGCAGACAGGCAAACAGAAGUCCACUCGGACACGGAACAGAACUGACCGUGAGCCUCCACACAAGACCGAGGUGUAAAUGGACGAGCAGGACAGGAACACUAGGCGAAGACACAGACAGGUGACAACAGUAGACACCAACAAGGAGGAACACACGAUCAGGGUUUAAAUACAUGAGACAA